AUGUUGUUAUUUACCAAAACAUGCAUUCUUUUAGUUUUCAUUAGCAUAAAAAGGGUUUUUUCAGAGGAUAAAGAACUUUUAGAUCUUGUUCAAACAUUUUCUCCUCUGCAUGAUGGGGAUCCAUUACUUUCAUACAAAGUUACUACUGAAGAAUAUCAUCAUCAAUUAAGCAAAAAGAUACAUAAUUUAGAACUUGAACUAAAAAGUAAUAAAUAUUUAUAUUAUCUUGCAACUUUUUUAACUUCGAAUGAUUUUUAUAACAAUGACAAUUGCAUAAAAAAACUAGGAGAACUCUGCAUUAGUGAAGUAAAAAUACUGAAUAGUGAUAUUCCUCAUAUUUGUAGUAAUCCUCAAUCAAUAUGUACUUUAAGUACUCAAAUGCCUAGUGCGAUAAAAAAAAUUAAAGAUUAUUUGAAUAAAGAAAGAAAUUAUCAUGAUCAGUGUAGCAAACUACAAACGGAUUGUUUUUUCUUAGAACAAUAUGAUUCGACUGAUCUUUCUACAAAAUGCAAUGAGCUAAAAGAAUAUUGUUAUAAUAAGGCCCGUAUGGAAAUAGCAGAAACAAUUAUACAUAGAUUUUUGAAAGGGACACAUAAUAAAACAGCUUGUCUAAAAAGACUUAGAAACAAAUGUGUAUCAUUUAGUCAAAAAAGCCCAGAAUUACUCACUUUAUGUAUUGAUGGUCUUAAUGUUUGUGAAAAAUUUAUUUCAGAAAUUAAAAAAAACUGUCAAAGUCUUCAAACUCAAUUUUCGUCAGAACAAAAAAAAAUAUCAGAACAUAACUGUCUAAAUUGGUUAAAAAAAUGUCAUAAAAAUAUUUUGGACUGUCAACCUCUUUAUUCCGGAUGUCGUUUAUUUCAAACAAGUUGUGCAGAAAAAGGUUUUUUUUCUGAUUUUAACCGCAAUUAUAAUCAUAAUUUUCUUGAAUUAUCUAUUAAUAUUGACGAAGAUACAAUUCAAUAUAGCUAUGAACAUUUAAAUCAAUUAGGUAUCUAUGUUGAUAAAAUGCCAUCAUUUCCGAAUGAAGUAAUUACUAACAUUUUGAUUCAAAAUGUUAAUGCACAAACCAGUGAAUGCGAAGAAAAAUUAAAUAAAAAAUGCCCUUUAGCAGAUUAUUUAGAUAUUUUUAAAUCUAUAUGCAGUAAAGGAUCUAAAAAUAAUGAACAUGGUGCUUGCAUAAACAUAUAUAAUAAAAAUAAACAGCAUUUUGAAUCCUAUACAUUAGACUUUAUUGAUAAUAAUAUUUUGUCGAUUUCGCAAAAUUUUUUUUCAAAAGAAAAAUGUGCAAAAUACUUAUCACUAUGUUAUUUUUUUAAUAAAUACUUUGAUCAAGUUCGAAGUGGUUUAUGUGAAAAAAUACAGCUUACCUGUUAUCAAAUAGAUUUAGAAGCAGAAGCUUAUAUGACUUUAAUAAGGAAAUUAAAUGAAAAAAUAAAUCCAAUGGAUCCUUGGUCUUCAACUUUUAACGUGACUAAGAAUUGCAAAACGCGUCUUUCUCUAGUAUGUAAAAAAGCUAUGUAUCGCAAUUAUUAUGUACUAUAUAGAUGUCUACAUCUACAAGAAACGUGUCUAAAAUUAACAUCCCUUGUUGAUGAGAAAUGUAAUAAAUUAAGAGAGACUCUAAAAAAGAUGAAUACGUUUACACUUGCUUCUUGUAGAGAGCAAAGGAAAGAAUGCAGUAAUUUGAAAUUAUGUUCAGGAAAUACUAUAAGUUUAUGUCAAAACCUCGAAACAUAUUGCAGAAAUAUGGAUGAACUUGAUAAUCUGAAACUAGAAAUACUAAAAGAUAAUACUGUUUUUUUACAAAGUCAAUCUGUUUGUUUUCAUUAUCUCACGAACUUUUGUUUAGAAAACAGCUCAUCUUAUACUUAUGGGUGUACUAAUGCAUCAAAAACAUGUAGAGAAAUACUCAGCAACGUUGAGAAAGAUUGCAAAAAAUUAUUACGGCAUAUGAAUGAUUAUGAAAUACUCCUUAGUGGAGUAUCUUAUACUACAUAUAAUCGUUGUUCUCAUUUAAAACAUUAUUGUGUUUUAUAUAUAGGAGGUUGUCCUUUUUUGCGUGAUUUUUGUUCUAAGAUUACUGAAAAGUGUAAUUCUGUAUUAAAAAAAAAUAAGGAUCUCAAUGCAUUAGCUAAGAUACUUGGGAGGAUAUCUAGUGUUCCUGAAUGCGAAAAGAAAAUGAAAGAAUGUAAAAAAUCUACAAACCAAAAGGAAAAAAAACUAUGCAAUAGCUCUAUUCAAUGUGGAACUUUAAUAUCAUAUUUAGAAAAAAUCUGUGAUACACUCGCAUUAAAAGCAUUUGUAUAUUAUCAUACUAAAUCUAGUUCUAACACAGAGACAGAGUGUAAAAAACUAGAAUCUUUAUGUUCAUCUAUAGGGUCUUCUUGUACUGGGGUUAACGAUAGAGUUUCUUAUGUAUGCACUAAGCUUACUGUUAAAUGCAAGUCACCACAGCCACCGCCACCAGUACCACCACCGCCACUACCACAUCCACCACCGUCACCACCAAAGCCACAACCACAGCCACCAUCGCCACCAGAACCACUACCGCCACCACCACCGCCACCACCACCACCAAAACCACAACCGCUACCACCACCGCCACCACCAAAACCACAACCGCCAUCACCAAAGCCACAACCACAGCCACCAAAACCAUCAGAACCAGAUCCAUCAAGACCAAAGCCAAAACCAAAACCAAAACCAAAACCGACAAAUUCAACUACAAGCUUAACUACAAGUUUACCGACUGCAGAUUCAUCAACUGCGUCUCCGCCAACUACAUUGGAUACAGACACAUCUUCACGUACAUCUUCACAUACAUCAACUGCACAUACAUCAACAUCUACACGUUCAAGGCCUAGACCAACAAUAUCACCCGGUGGUGGGCGAGGAAAAGGAUAUGGAAUCAGAACACAAGGACUACAGAUAGUAGAAUUAAUUUGGACGACUAUAGGAAUAAUAUUAGGGCUAUGGAUAAUUAUUUAA